AUUGACAGCUAGGGCCAUCUAUGGGCAAACUCCGGUUUCAUAUUUACAGACCUGGUACAGAGUGUCGACAUCCGCGAAGCCGCGCCGUCGCCCCGGAGAACCGACCACCGCGGCACAGCGUUACAGCGCUCGACCGCUCCGCAAAAACUCCGACGCAUCCCGGCUCACCGUUGCGUAACGCCAUCGAAGCCGUAUUACUCCUCGAGUAACGGCUCUCCUCGCGCGACCGAAAUUAAAGAUCCGAGCGUCAACAUCGCGCCGCAAGCGCGAGACAAUCGACGCGUCAUAAUACCGCCCGCUCCCCGCGGCCGCCAGCGACCCCGCGGCACGAGAUCCACCGCAGCAAACGUCAACACGCUCGCACGACGAACACAAAAACCCGAGCGUUAGGCCAACGGCGUCGAGCCAAAGUUGUAUAUAUUCAUUGUGAUAUCAAGGAAGCAGACACAUUACUGUCUUCAACUCAAUAUGGCAAAUCCGAUGAAAUACAUCCAAACAAACAAUUUUUCACAUUCUACCGUACAACAUUUACUUCACGAAUUUGAAGAAGAAUUAGGAUGUAUGUCAGGAAAGUGUAUGGAUAUUGGUUGCGGUCCCGGUGACGUUACAAGAUAUACUCUCUUACCCGCACUUCACCCAAACGCGGUAGUCAUUGGUACUGAUAUAUCGGAGGACAUGAUCAAAUAUGCCAAGGAAUUACAUGCUAAUGAAGAACGACUCGAAUUCGAAAUUCUCGAUAUCCAAACUAAACAUCUGCCUGAAAAACACAUUUCUGCAUAUGAUCACGUAUUCACAUUUCAUGUUUUGCAUUGGUGCGCUGAUAUGCGACAAGUAUUUGAGAAUAUCUAUCACUUACUUCGACCUGGCGGAACUGUGUUAAUAUUAACGAUAAUAUCUAAUGACGUAUUUGAUAUUUUACAUGAAUUGAAGAAAGACAAUCGAUAUACGUCGUACAUGAAGCAUGCGAAUAAUUUCAUUCCUGUAUUCCACGAUUCGAAACAUCCACAUAAAGAUCUAAAAGCAUUACUCAGAAGUGUUAGGUUCAAUGUCCAUCAUUGCAGUCAUCGGGAGAGAACAUUUUCUGCUCAUGACGCACAGAAAAUACCAGAAAUGAUACUGUCUUUCAUAACGCAAUUUUUUGAGGACAUGCCUCAUGACCGAAUAGCAGAAUUAGAAGAUGAGUUUACACAGAAAUAUAUGAAUAGAAGGUUUUUCCAUAAACGGGGAUCCAAUCAAAAUGAAAAAAUUGCAUCAGAUCUACACGAAAUAUUAAUAGUUUAUGCGCAAAAGGAUAAUGACGUCGAAAAUAUGCCUACAUUGUAACCGUGUCACGUCGUCGAUGAUUGCACGACAUAAUAAAGCACAUUUGCACUUAUAUUUUACAA